CUGGCUGUGAUGGACGAGAUGGACCAGAAGAUCAGAAUGAGUUCUGUUAGGAUCAGAAUGAGUUCUGUUAGGAUCAAAAUGAGUUCUGUCAAAAGUGUUAUCUGCGAUAUUCCGGACGAGCCGAUGGCCAGGAUCUACGAUAAGAAUUUUCUUUUCAGCAUGAUGGGGUUUGCAUGAGGACGAGAUUGAAUUCCCCGAGUGUGUUCGAGAAUGUGCAGCCUGUCUGAUGUACAGCCUGUUCUAUGUAUUUUGUCAAUGAACCAACGAUGCCGGGAAUCUCGUUCUACAUUGAGAAAAGUUUGUAGUCUUUCAGAUGGAUAGUGGAAAUGGAUGAAGUCGUUGCAUUAGGCUUGACUAUCCCGAAAUAUAAGUGUUUAUUCCAGUACAAGAUAUGUUUGAAGUACUGCCAG